UGUCCUCCUCGCACCACCUGUCAUGUCCUCAAGGGAAAGAUACUUUCGCAAGAACACAUGUCCAGCUUGCAAUCUGCUACCGCUGGAGACCCUCUCCAAGUGUGAGACGACGGCUCCCGUCACGAUCCUCUUAGACCAUCUCGAUAUAGAGGCCAUUGAUAGCUUUGCUUCAAAAUGCGACCUCUGUCGCCUCCUCGGCGACCUCCAUCGUCACUGGAAGUCCCCUCAAUGGCGCUAUCCCAUGGAGUAUGCAGGGUUUUCCUAUUGGGAGCUCUGUGGGAGGAAUGAGUGGCGAAUCCGGUAUACCGAGCGGACUUACCUGGGCAUCCACGUCGACUUCGACAGCGUACUCGCGAAACGAGUCGACAAAAGACAUAUCCACGUGGACCCACUUUCGGACCGUUCCGUGCGAUUGAUCAGACACUGGAUGACCAAGUGCGAAAGCAAGCACAAAGAGUGCUUUGAUCAUCCCGUGGGCUUACCAACCCGCGUCAUAGAUGUGACGGGCUUUACGCUCAAGCUCCUUGAUCCUAGCCCGAAAAGCCCUCACCAGUAUGUCACUCUCAGUCAUUGCUGGGGCUCUUGUCGAAGCUUCCUUACUACACGCGAUAACGUCGAGGAGCGUAAGCGGGGUUUCAGUAUUGAGGAACUACCUGCGACCUUCAGAGAUGCUGUCGCUGUUACGCGCUAUUUGGGAUUUCCAUACCUCUGGAUUGACAGCAUUUGCAUUUUGCAAGGAGACCACGAUGACUGGGAAAUUGAAGGUGGUAAGAUGGCGGAUGUAUACGCUAACUCUACUCUCACCAUCGCGGCUGCGAAUGCAAGCGACGAUGCGGAAGGCUUUCUUAAGCCCCGGGAUGAAGGACUAGUUUUGACGGUUGACAUCUGCCUUCCUUCCGAGGACGGCGAUCGCCUACAUGACAGAGCAACGCGCAUCUAUACCAGCCUUCCACCCACGCCGAAGCUGGUGUACGAUCCACUUGACGGUCGUGCUUGGUGCCUCCAAGAACGCUGUCUUGCGCCACGGAUCUUGUUCUUCGCUUCCGAUUCCCUUCGCUGGGAGUGCCUUGGCAACAGUUGGUUUGAAGCAGGUCGAGGCCUUCCGAAGAAAAAACUCAUGCUUCCAGAUAUCAUGCCUGAACGCUUAGCCAGCGGUGAUUUGUCCUAUGUGCCUUGGUACAAGGCUGUGGAACUGUACACAACCCGAGCGAUAACAUACGCCGUUGACAAACUGCCCGCUCUCUCCGCAUUGGCAUCAAGAGUGGCUGAGCAAUAUGACGAUCAGUACCUUGCUGGACUAUGGAAGACGGAUCUGAUACUGGGCCUGCUGUGGUACCGUGUAGUUCGGCGUAAGUUCCGGGACCUCGAACCAACGGCACCCUUCCAAGCAGCUAGGAAUGGUCUCCAAGACUACCUCGCGCCUAGUUGGUCUUGGGCAUCAUAUCCUGGCGCCGUUCAAUUCCAGGCCAUCGUCAUCUCCAGCGAAGCUCUUCAUCCUUUACCCAGCUUAGCAAUACUCGAGGCAUCGGUAUCUGUGCCGGGGAAGAAUAAAUACGGGCAGGUAGAGUCGGGUGUCCUUGUACUUCGCACUCCGCUUCUGCCGCUUGAACCCGCUAUCGGGGGCGAUACGCUUUCACAUGGUGCCUGGGACCAUAACGAUUUCUACUGUAAAGAGCUCGAAGAUUUCGACAUCGAAGUUGGGUCUACUUUCGACUAUCCGGAGAAAAAGGGAGACGGACGUGUGUUCGGUGUGCCCCUGACAUUCUGUGAGGAGAGAGAUAAUUCGCGCAAGGAAGAAGGACCCAAUGAUGAGGGCUAUGAUGAAGGGAGGAAGUGGGUGAGAGUGUAUGGGCUUCUGAUCGGGGAGAGAAGAGAGGUGGGUCAGAAUGCGUAUGAGAGAGCUGGGUGCUUUAAGCUCGGGCCAAUACCGCUCUGCAACCUCCUGGACGUGCUGGACGACUUGGAAAGGCUGGACGUCAAGAUCAUUUGAUUUCUGUUCCGGCGUUUUGAUACUGUAACUGACGUCCGGGGCUCACCCGAUCUGCCAUCGACAGUGCGUCUCCCAUCGACAUAAAUGCGAGGCCAG